UGUAUAAUUAUUUUCAUCGCAGUUACCAAAUGUCCGCGAAACUGGGCGGAACAAUCGUAGCCUCGCUUUAAUAUUUACAUACACAUAAAUUUCUUUAGUUUUCUCUGGAAACCAAGACAAGGAAAUGUAACAAUGACCGCUGGAUGUUUAAGAAAUUUGCGGAUAUUGCGUUUGCUCGUUUCAAUUGUAUUUUUUAUGAUUAUCUUCAUCUGCGCCUCAUACUCAAACACAUCGAUGUGGGGACCUCAACUGGUAAUCCCCAUGAAAUUAAGUUGGAAUAUAACGCGGACUGUGCUGCCGAUUAUGGAAUUGAACAACACUGGAGAGUUUGGACUCUCGCAGCAGCUGUUAAGGAGCCAAUCUCUAAAUAUUACUGAGCAGCAGUUGAAUACAAAUACAGACGAAACCCGAAUUUCGUCUUCAUCACAAUCGAUAGAGACAUCCAAUCUAUUCACUGAAGCAAACCAGCUAUAUGAGACCGGUCACCAGAAUGUUGAUUUGGAUAUAGCACACGUUUGCCCACUUAAUGGGCGUACUACAAUUCUGCUCAUACUAAUCAGUUCGGCACUGUCACAUGAACGUCAACGCAUGGCCAUAAGACAGACCUGGGGACAUUAUGCGGCUCGUCGUGAUGUUGGCAUUGCCUUUGUGCUCGGCCGCAGUUUAAACGAAACUGAAAAUAAGGCACUAAAAUGGGAGAAUUAUUUAUAUGGCGAUUUGAUCAGAGGCAACUUUAUUGACUCGUACGAUAAUCUAACACUCAAGACGAUCUCUUCUCUGGAGUGGACAGAGAAGCACUGCAAUCGUGCCAAAUACAUACUGAAGACGGAUGAUGAUAUGUUCAUCAAUGUGCCUAAGCUUUUAAAUUUUGUUGAAGAGCAGCUAAAACAUAAUGUCAAGAAAACGAUAUUUGGUCGUUUAGCUAAGAAAUGGCCGCCUGUUCGAAACAAGAAAUCCAAAUAUUAUGUGUCGCAUGGCCAGUUUCGUGGAUUAUAUCCAGAGUUUACAACGGGACCAGCUUACCUUAUAACAGGCGACAUUGUGAAUGAUUUAUAUGUGAGGGCAUUGAAGAUGGUCUAUCUGAAGUUAGAAGACGUUUUUAUUACAGGUAUUGUGGCGAAGAGUCUAAAUAUUAAACGAGUGCAUGUUAAUGAAUUCAAAAACCGUCGAAUGAAACUCACAACAAAAAAUAUUCAAAACUCUUUUAGCAUACAUAGGAUUAGUUGUAGUGAGCAGUUUGAAGUAUGGCAGAAACAGCACGAAAAGUAAUUGUUGAUAAAAUGUAUUGUAUAACAUUAUAUUAGUAUUAAAUUUAACGGCUGCUUUGCGGCUUGCUGAAGAUUGCGCUAUACCAAAUAAAGUGUGACCAGUCUUCCAAUUGUGGAAGUGAUAUGU